CUCCAGCCAUUCUUCCCCCAGUCUGUAGCACUGCAUAGGGUUGUUGUGCCCCAAGUGCAGGACCCGGCAUUUGGCCUUGUUAAACCUCAUCCCAUUGGUCUCAGCCCAGCGGUGCAGCCUGUUCAGAUCCCUUUGCAGAGUCUCCCUACCCUCCAGCAGAUCCACACUUCCACACAGCUUAGUGUCAUCUGCAAACUUGCUGAGGGUGCACUCAAUGCCUUCAUCCAGGUCAUUGAUAAAGACAUUGAACAGGGCUGAACCCAGCACUGAGCCCUGGGGAACCCCACUUCUGACCGGCCUCCAGCUGGAGUUAACUCCAUUUACCACAACUCUCCCCCCGGAGCGGAGCAGGGGCGGGUCCUGUUUAGAAGUUUAAAGCGUGAAUUCUAAAGCUUAGCGAAGGGAGAAAAAAUAGCCCCGAAAGACGGGUCAGGCGCGCCUGUCGCCCCGGAGGCUGCUCAGGGGUUAAGCGCGGCGGGGGCGGGGGCAGCGCCGGCUCCACGGCAGCGGCGGAGCGGCGGCGCUGGGCGCUGCCCCUCCCGGAGCCGGCGGGAUGUCGCAGGGGCUGCCGGGCUCCGCGCUCCUCACCGAGCUGCCCGACCACUCGCCGCAGGUGCGCAGCGCCAUUGCCGAACUGCGGCGGUGGGCGGAGGCUGAGCCGGGGCAGCGAUGGACGCAGCCGCUCUCCGACGCCUUCCUGGUGAGGUUCCUGCGCGCCCGCGACUUCCACCUGGAGCUGGCGUGGAGGUUAUUGAAGAAUUACCAGAAGUGGAGAACUGAAUGUCCAGAGAUAAGUGCAGAUUUACAACCAUCUUCUGUUCUUGGUCUUUUGCAUGCUGGCUAUCAUGGAGUCCUGAGAUCAAGGGACCCACAUGGAAGUAGAGUUCUUAUAUACAGAAUUGGACAAUGGGAUCCCAACUUAUUUACAGCAUACGAUGUGUUUCGUGUAAGUCUCAUCACAUCUGAACUCAUUGUGAAGGAGAUUGAGACUCAGCGGAAUGGAGUCAAGGCUAUAUUUGAUCUUCAAGGGUGGCUAUUUGCUCAUGCAUUUCAAAUCAGUCCAGCAGUGGCCAAGAAAAUUGCAGCUGUGCUCACAGAUUCCUUUCCACUAAAAGUUCGAGGUAUCCACUUGAUUAAUGAGCCUUUAUUCUUCCACCCAGUCUUCGCUCUAAUUAAGCCUUUUCUCACUGAAAAAAUAAAGAAACGGGUGUAUAUGCAUGGAAAUAACUACAUGCAGAGUCUGACCGAACACUUCCCAGUCAGCAUUCUCCCACAGGAAUAUGGGGGGGAGGAAGUCUCCAUUGAAGAGCUGGCCAAGGAAUGGACUGACUUUAUAAUGGCAUCUGCAGAUUAUCUUCAGAGCAUCUCUCUGGUUGCCCGAGAAUAACAUUAUUAGAGUAUUAUAUCAACUCUUGAACACUGGAAGUAGAAAUCAAUUUAAUAUGAAAUUUUUCAUGUAAACUUGAAAUAAUUAUACAUGAAACCGUUAUGCCUUUGCAGGGCACUGAGUAUUAUAGUGACUGCACUUUUAUACUGAUUGGAGUCUAUCAGUACGUAUGUCUCAGGAGAUUAAUGAAUGUGAUGUAUUUGCAAUACUGUUUGUAAUUGAUUAACUUGUAUGCCAAAAAGCUGAAUACUGUCUUGGAUAUCAGAGAUUGAUACUGCUCCUGUGAAGUCAUUGGAGACAACUCAUCUGUAAUAGUGCAGUCCAGAACCUUGUGCUUAGGUCUUGCAUCUUGGCUUGUCAAGAUAACAGGAUACUAAAAAGAACAGAAUGUGAAUAGAGUAGAAUAGUUGAUUGCGGAAGUAUGACUACAGGGUUAAUUUACAAGGAGCGAGAAGAGGCUGCUUUUUGGGUUGAUUCUCAGGGAAAAAGGCUGGUUUGUUAGUUCAUGUCAAAUUGAAAAUUAGUCAUCAGUAGUGAGACAUUUGAGUUAGUCUUUGGACUGCUUUUGCAGCUUCCCUUUCUGUGCUAAUUAACACAGUAGUCUUCCAGAGGAAGACAGGGAAAACAUCAUGUACCUAUUCUUCAAAGAACAGUAUGAAUCAGGAGGAGGAACUAGUAAGAGAGUCAAAACAACCUUGAAAAUUUUGUUCUUCUUUCUUUAGAGAGAUACUGUUUAUGGACAACCUAUAAGCAACUCGGAUUAGGAUAACUUUUGAGCACCACAGAGGUCAAGAGCUCUUAGCUGUUUGCAGUGUCUGUUUGUUUUGGAGGGUGAAGUGGAUAUACUCUAUGGAUCUGAGCUUUAGAAACAUCUAUUGCGUGGCUUAAGGGUUCUUUAUGGUCACUUUGGACCUUAGCAUAGGAGAUGCUGGGUAUCUUAAUUUUACUUUCAGAAAAGAAAUUGGCAACUUCCCAGUCUAUGUCUUCUGUUGGGCAUAGAAAGAAAUUAUUUUUAAUUUUCAUUAAGCCCUUUUCUUUAUUUCUGCAGAUGUAAUGAAAAAUCUGUCUGUAACUACUGAAAACAUUAUCUUUUCUUAAGGGACAUUAUUCAGAUGUGAACACUGCAUGUGUAGAAGGUGUCACUCGCAUUACACAGCAGUAUCAUCCUGCAAAACUCAAAUGUUUAAUAAUCUAAAACAUUAUUUUACUUAGAUUUUUGUUAAAAUGUCUGUUAGUACACCAGCUGCUAGAGUUCAUUUACCCAAUUUUUAAUUCUGUUUUGUAAUAAGCGAGGAGGUCUUUGCAUAUACAUUAUGUAUUUAAGCAUUCCAUGUGAAUCUUCGUAUAAAUGAAUCCAUAAAAAAAUGCUUUGUUUCUCAGGUAGCUGCUAGCUUCAGUUAUUUUGGAAUCUUUCGUAUACUGCAAUUUAUUAUUAAUAGAUGCUAUGGAGAGAUUAGAUAAGAAAUGUCCUUUUUUAGAUGAUCAUUAAUAUUGCAUUAUUGCAAAAGCCAUUGGAAGCUAUUCUUCGUUAGCAAGAGGAACAUCUAUGAAAGGCCUGUAGAGUACUUUCUGGUUGUAAAUUCUUCUGCUGUGGCAAGGUCAGUGUCACAUACAAAAUUAUUUCAAAACUGACAAGGGCUUUUUAAAUUUUCUUUCCAAUUCCCUCAUUUCCUCAACUGUAUUUUUCAUUCUUCUCUUUCAGAUUAUCUUUGAUACUGAGCCUCAAUUUAAAGAAACAUUUUCCAGAUGCAUUUUCACAUAUUCAUAUAUUUUGUCUACCUAUCUUUUUUCUCUUUUUUCUCAGAUUGAACUAUUUUGUGAUGUAAGAGCUCCUUAAAUAGAGGAGUUCAGUGAAAUGCUAAUUCUUCUUUAUAAGAAAAUAAACUAAGCAGUCAGGCAUCUGGCAGUUCUUCAAGUGUGUAACUCAAGGUCCAAAUAAUUUAUGAACUGUAGAACUGAAUUUAAUUGCUCCUUCAAUUUUAAUCCUUGUGUGUAAAGCACAUAAAUGAAAAAAUUGUGUUUCAUUGAUCAGGAAAAUUUAAACUUUUCCCGCAAAACCAAUCUCUAAUCAUUGGUGGUUUAUAGAAUCGUAGAAUCAUAGAAUGGCUUGGGUUGGAAGGGAAUUCCAACCCCUCUGCCAUGGGCGGGGACAUCCCACUAGAUCAGACUGCCCAACGCCCCAUCCAGCCUGGCCUUGAACACCUCCAGGGAUGGGGCAGCCACGACUUCCCUGGGCAACUUGUACCAGUGUCUCACCACCCUCAUGGUGAAUUAAUUCUUCCUUAUGUCUAGUCUAAGCAGACAUGUAGCAGAGACAUCAUUUGAUUGAAUAUGUAGGUGCACGUGGAUGAAAUUUUGCUGGUAUUUUUAAUGUUCAUUUGGACAACACUAGCUGGGUGGACAUAAAGUCCUAAAUGUCUUAAAUAUCCUGUAUCUACUAUUAGAUGGUAACAUGUUGGCUUAACACAACACAGCACAGAGUGCAGGUAUUUUAUCAUGAACUGUUAAUUAUUUUAUAAUGUUUACAGUUUAUGUAGAAAGUAGGAAAUCGAGUUAAUGGACAAUUGCUGGUAAUAAUAAGGACAGAAGAUAAUGCAUAGUGAAUGGCAGAAGUAUUGGUAUGAUGGGGUGGAUGGCAGCUUUGAGCUGCAGAGUCAACAAAACACAAAAGCAAAAAUCUCUUAAGUGCAUUUGAAUAUCAGGAGUGCCUCUAAAAAAAAAAAAGCAAGCUGCUUUUAAAUGAUGCGAGUAUGAUUUACUACUGACUACAAGCACAAUGUAAAGCGUGAUGGGUUUUAAUUUUUUUUACAUAUUAUCGUCAUUAAUAUAAUAAACUUUUUCUGGUCGAA